CGCUCAAGGGAACUAGAAUAUUUACCGCCUCUCUCACCCACGAUUACCCUGGUCCAUUGGUAUCAGCAGACGAUGGGAUUUAGAGCGGGUAUCGGACGUCGUCUACAUCCUUUACCAGUACGGUAGUGCCCAUUGCCUGCGCUGAACAUCUAUAAAUGCGGCUGCGCUCCCUGGCUUCAUGACCGCCCGAAGGUUCGCAUCCCCGUAGGUUAAAAUUCGUCCACACGCUUGUGCUUGCCGAAAUCGAAAGCGCCGCAGGUCCGCGAAUUGAACGAUGUCCAAACUACAGGCCGCUGUCCUGACUGUGAGCGAUACGGCCUCGAAAGACGCCUCAGCUGACCGGAGUGGACCCUCUGUUCGCGAUAUACUGACUACGAACGGCUACGAGGUCAAGUUUCAUGGUAUCGUGCCAGAUGACGAGGAGACCAUCCGGAAAGUCGUCUUGGAAUGGACUGCACCAGGAAACGGCGUGGACUUGAUAUUGACGACGGGAGGUACGGGAUUUGGUGUGAGGGAUAGAACGCCGGAGGCCAUAGGGCCACUUCUUCAACGUCAAGCACCUGGUCUUGUUCAUCUCGUCCUCGAUGCAUCACUCAAACAUACUGCACUCGCUGCCUUGUCGAGGCCGAUCGCCGGCACCAUCAACAACACGCUCAUCCUCACAUUACCAGGGAGCGUAAAGGCCGUUAACGAGAACAUGGAGGCGUUGCUCGCUGGAGGGGUGUUGGCCCAUGCUGUCGAGUUGAUUCGAGGCGGCUCGGGAGGAUCUACACACAACGCGCUCCAAGGCAGCGAACAUACCAUAUCCUCGUCACAUUCACACUCCCAUAACCACCUCCAUCACCACCAUGAUCAUCAUCAUCACAGUAGUGGACACGAUGUCCCCAAACCGCGAUAUAUUCUGUCUCAUGAUCCUUCGCUUCCUCCUCCUGCACGUCAUCGUGUAUCUCCCUACCCAUUGUUUUCUCCGAAUGAAGCCGUUGGGACUAUUUUCCGCGAAAUUCGUACUUUGUCGACUGAGAAGAAACAGGUAACGCCAGCGUUGAAGGGUCAUGUCUUAGCAGAGGACGUAUAUGCACCACAGGAUAUUCCGUUCAUGCAUACGACCAGCGCAGACGGAUAUGCUAUUCGCUCAUCCGAUAAGCCUGGCAUCUACAAGGUGGUCACGUCGUCGACGCACAAGUUGUCCGACGUUUUACCUGAGGGUACCAUCUAUCGCAUUAACACAGGCGGACCCCUCCCAGCUGGCACCGACACCGUGAUCAUGGUUGAAGAUACCCGUCUCGUUUCGUCAAUGAAGGACGAGGAUGGCGAGGACCUCGAGGAAGCAGAGGUCGAGACUUUGGUUGAAAUUCCUGUUGGGGAGAACGUGCGUGCUCCUGGGUCCGACGUGCGGAAAGGAGAUCUUGCAUUGCAGAAGGGUCAAAUCAUUCAUGGCACGGGCGGAGAGAUUGGAACCCUCGUGUUCGUCGGCCGGAAAGAGGUAGAGGUUUAUCGUAAACCCAUCGUGGCCAUCCUCAGUACAGGCAACGAACUUCUGGACAUUCAAAAUCCAGUAUCUUUGACGAAGGCCGACGGCUGGGGAGGAAUAUGGGAUACCAAUAGACCUUCAUUGCACGCAGCACUGGAAGCGUCUGGAUAUGAGGUGCUCGACUUGGGCAUAGCAGCUGAUACAAUCGAAGCCCACGUCGAGAUCAUCAAGCAAGGCCUGAACCACGCCGACGUGAUCAUCACCACAGGCGGCACUUCCAUGGGCGCAAGCGACCUUUUAAAACCCGUCAUCGAACGUACUUUGAACGGCACCAUCCACUUCGGCCGCGUCAAGGUCAAGCCUGGCAAACCUACGACGUUCGCCACGAUCCCGAUGGAGGACAAUCCGGAACUGAAGAAGCCUCUCUUCGCACUCCCGGGAAAUCCGGCGUCGGCUCUGGUCAUGUUCCAUAUCUUUGUGCUUCCUGCUUUGAGGAGAUUGGCUGGCUGGCCCGUAACCGCGUGUCAACUGCCGCGCGUACAAGUCAGGAUUAACGAAGCCAUGAAACUCGAUCCUCGUCUCGAGCUCCACCGCGCCAUCCUACGCGCCGAAAAGGAUGGUAUCACUGCAUACAGUACUGGAGGGCAACGGUCGAGUCGUGUCGCCAGCUUGUGUGGCGCGAAUGGGUUGGUGAUCCUGCCGGCGAAGGUCGAAGGAGGGCCGGAGCAGAUCGAUGCAGGUGGGACGGCGGAUGCGUUUUUGAUUGGGGAAGUACAUAUUGCUACACCACCUGGUUCGUAGUUCAUUGCAAGUUUGUAGAGUGGCUUGAUUUGUGCCCCAAUGUAUCGAGUAGUGUAAUCAUCUUGGAAGUGUACUGAUAAAUGAGCUGAAA